UUCUUCAAACAAUAUUGGGAAUUUGAAGAUUGUUUCAACUUUCAAAACAUUUAACUUCAAGUUCUCUACAAAACUGGCUAGUCUAUGGAGUACCAUUUUAUUUCUAUAUUACUAGAAUGUUCAAGUUUGCAAUGCAUAUAUGCACAACAAGAAUCCAACAAAUUUCCCAGUCAUAAGAAAUCACCACCACCUACUAUGUUCAAACUUGGAGAAAAUGGCAAAACAGGACGCACCACUCACUAUAAAAUUGUUGCCAAACUAUUCCCCAGCAAUUCACCCAUUCGCCUCGAGGACUUUGAGAAUUGAUCGAAAUGGCAAUUCUGCAGCGAGUUUUCUUCCCACUACUUAUCGUUGUUGCGAUUCCUGCAGCAGUAGCAGCAGCAGCAUCAGCACCAGUCACGUAUGUGUUUGGCGACUCGUUGACAGAAGUGGGAAACAACAACUUCCUGCAGUCUCUUGCCAAGUCGAACUACCCUUUCUAUGGAAUUGAUUAUUUCGGGGGAAUGGCCACGGGGAGAUUCACUAAUGGAAGAACCGUGGGCGAUAUAAUAUCUGAAAAGAUGGGGAUUCCAUCCCCGCCUCCAUAUCUUGCCUUGCUACCCAACGAUGAAGCCUACGUGACAGGGGUGAACUAUGCAUCCGGUGGAGCUGGAAUACUCAAUGAUACUGGGCUCUACUUCGUUCAGAGGCUGACAUUUGAUGAUCAGAUUAGUUACUUUGAGAAGACAAAGGAAGCUAUCAAGGCCAGACUCGGAGAUGAGGCUGCAGAAAAACACUGCAAUGAGGCACUUUACUUCGUUGGAAUUGGUAGUAAUGACUAUGUAAACAACUUCUUGCAGCCCUUCUUAGCAAAAGGCAUUCUUUAUACUCAUGAUCAAUUCUUGGAACUUUUGACGUCUACCUUAAACCAACAAUUCAUGAGGCUUUAUCAUCUAGGUGCACGAAAGAUACUCUACCACAGCUUGGGGCCUCUCGGGUGCAUUCCAUCCCAGAGGGUGAAAUCACAAACGGGGGAAUGCCUAUAUCAAGUCAAUGUAUAUGUUCAGGAAUUCAAUUCGAGAGUAAAAAAUAUGAUAACUACACUAAAUACCCAACUCCCAUAUGCAAAGAUGACAUUUGCAGACACUUAUCACGACGUUUUGGACUUAAUUGAGAACCCCUCUGCCUAUGGUUUCAAGUAUUCCAACACGUCGUGUUGCAAUGUGGACACGAGUGUGGGAGGGCUAUGCCUCCCAAACUCAAAGCUGUGUCUAAACCGCUCAGAGUACGUGUUUUGGGAUGCUUACCAUCCCUCAGAAGCUGCAAAUCUCGUGCUUGCAGGAAAGAUUUUCACCUACCUCGAUGAAGCUCACAAUCGUUCUUCCCAUGCUCCCAAGCCUUCUCAUCGGCGACUGCUUUCAAAUGGAAGAUCAAUUCAGAAAGUCAUGUAAAACGGAAGAGUAUGAAUACAUAUACCAAUUAAAAGAAGCCUUUGUAGUUUAAAAUUGUUGAGAAAACCUGCAAAGAACACGCGAGAGUGAUCUUGAUUCUUGCAAGUGUAUUCAAGUCUUCAAAGAUGUUCUGUAACAUUAUGUGUUGUGUUUUGGUGUCA